AUGACGAAUACAAAGAUGUCGCUAGUUGACUGGCUGGACGACCUAUGCGUGCGCUUCAUCGUCAAUCUGCCGAAUGAAGAGCUGCAGUCAGUCGAGCGAAUAUGCUUCCAGAUCGAAGAAGCGCAAUGGUUCUACGAAGACUUCAUCCGCCCGCUGGACCCCAACAACCUGCCCUCGAUGCACCUGCGCAAGUUCUCGCAGCUCAUGUUCCAGCACUGCCCGCUGUUCUCGGCAUACUCGGAAGAGCUGCACCAGCAGGCCUACGAGAACUUUCUCGCGUACAAGACCAGAGUGCCUGUGCGCGGCGCAAUCAUGCUCAACCAGGAUAUGACACAUGCAGUGCUGGUGAAAGGAUGGAAGAAGGGCGCGAAAUGGAGUUUUCCUAGGGGGAAGAUCAACAAGGAAGAGACCGACUUGGACUGCGCCGUGCGAGAGGUCUGGGAAGAGACUGGAUACGACCUGCAAGAAGCCAAUUUGGUACUGCCGGACGAAGACAUGAAGAAGAUCUCCAUCGUUAUGCGCGAGCAGAGUAUGAUGCUGUACGUGUUUCGCGGUGUGCCCAUGGAUACGUACUUCGAACCACGGACGCGAAAGGAAAUCUCCAAGAUAGAUUGGUACAAGUUGACGGACCUGCCCACCCUUCGGAGGAAGAACCAGGCGCAACCGCAAGGUGCUGGACCAGAUAUGAUCAAGGAGAGCAGCUUCUACAUGGUAGCGCCGUUUCUCGGACCGCUCAGGGCGUGGAUCAAGCAACAACAAAAACUCGACAGGCAGAGGGCACGCAGCGGCGCUCAUCUUGCCCCGCCUAUUACAGACGACGAGGAGCUACAGGCUGAAGUGCACGCGACAACAGCGGAUAUGAUCGCUUCUUUACCGCCGCAGCAAGAUGAUAGCUUUGCGAACCUCGUCGCUCGACUGGGCCAUCAAGGAAGCGAUGCUCUGCCCGAAGUCUCUAUGCAAUCUCAGGCAGCACAAUCUGUGGAUCCUGCAGCAGAACUCAAACGCCUGCUCAGUGUAGGCAUGGGAAUGCAGUCACCGCCUGUAGAGGCUCCUGGCAUGACAGCUCAACAGCCACAGGCCAAUCCUCUGCUGGCCCUGUUCCAACAAGGCAACAACAAUCCAUCCAGUCCUCACCAUUCUUUGCCGAGAACACCUUUCGACCAGGUCAUGUCCGCCCCAGUCCAGCCGAACAGUCCUCAUGGACAACAUGGUCCUCGACCACCUCAAAUGCACAACAUGCCGCCACCACCAUUCCCGUUCCCACCCCAUCAGGGCAUGCAGUUCCAUGGUCCUCAUCCACAUUUCGACAAUGGCAUGCACCCACACCCUCAACAACAGCAACACUUUAUGCCGCCACAACACCAUCAGAACAACCACAUGUAUCAAUCACCCCCACAAAUGCCCUUCCAACAAAGCAAUGGUGGACACGCAGUACAGUCUCAGUCUUUCCAAGCUUCACAGUCCCAAACGUUUGGUUCACACGGAGCCGGCCCGGCCGUUCCGCCUGCUUCAAAACUACCUGCACCGAAGCUCACCGCACAUACGAUGGGUUUGUUGAACUCGUUCAAGAUCAGCGACCAACAAGGACCACCUUCAGAGCCUCCCCGGGCUACAGUCCAAGCUCAGACCCCCCAGAUGGCACCUCGAGCACAAUCGCGCCAUGUCUCGCAGUAUCAGCCAAACGAGCUGGCAUCCCCGCAAUUUCAGUCGCCGCCUAUUAACAUACAGCCAGUGCAGCCGAAGCCAAGAUCCGCACAACAGGAUGCGUUAUUGUCAAUGUUUAGAGGCACUCCGCCAAUCUCGUCGCCUACGCCGGAGCCUGCUGAGCUGUCUGCGCUGCCUACCACGCCAGCAUAUGUAUCUGCACAACUCUCCCAGAAGUCAGGAAGACCGCAAAAUAUGACUUUGCUUGACAUGUUUGGCAACCAGCCGAAACCCGGGGGCAUCACCUCAGCUACUGUACGCGGGCCUGUCAAUGCCCCAGAUUUCGACACGAUGAAGAAGAACACCCUACCUGCCAGUGUCAGUUCCCGUGGGCCAUCGCCGGCUACGUUCAUGCCUCAACAGAUUUUGAAGCGUGAGCAGUCGGUAACCCAAAGUCCUUCAAACAUCCAGAACGGCGCCCGAAACGGAGCACCACCGAAUGCGAUCGAGAUCUCAGACCAGCCGCAGACGGCUUUCAAGCCACAGAUUCUGAAGCGACCUCAGCAGGGCACCACAGGGAUGGUAAAUGCACCAACAGCGCAUGCACAGGGCCUUCUCAACAUGUUAAAAGGACCAUCACCACAGCCGCCCGCCGUUCAGCCUGCUUCGCAAUCACCUGCAUCAGCUGCACCGACUGCACAUGCGCAAGGUCUGCUGAGCAUGUUCAAAGAAGCAUCACCGCAACCACCGGCAGCUCAGCCUGUAAUGCCGGUCAGGCAAUCGCCAGCACCUACCGCGCAGGCACAGGGCCUGUUGAACAUGUUCAAAAGCCCUUCACCCCAACCUCCAGCUGCUCAACCUGCAAUGCCGCUAAGGCAGUCGCCAGCACCUACAGCACACGCGCAAGGUCUACUGAACAUGUUCAAGGGCCCGUCGCCACAGCCUUCCAUGCCUGUUAGACAGUCACCAGCCCCAUUAGCAGCACAACAGCCCUUUGACCGUCGAGAGUCCUUCCCCACCGACCAGAAGAACGCUCUGCUCUCCCUCUUCGGCCAAUCCUCAACGAAGCCCCAGAGCCCUCGUAUUCCUACGCCAUUGCAACAGACUCACAGCGCUGUCCCAAGAGGACGAAGCCCUCUGCCACCGACCCCGAAGACGACCACGUCCGGGAUCAUCAGCCCUGUCAGCCCACUCCCAGAGAAAGGUAGCCAGACCGUCAGCCCCGCAGACUUUGCCUCUCGCAGUAGGAUCUCGAGUAUCGGCGAGUCUGGAGCGGCGCCAAGUAUCGUCAUCCCGCCUACUUCACAUCCAAUCGAGAACACAUCGGGUCACGGCAGUACAAGCAGCGUAAGCAGGUCUGGUAAUGAUGCCAAGAGCCCAGUCGACAAGACGUUUUUGCUAGGAUUCUUGGAGGACGUAGCGAGGCGUGGGCGUUAG